AUGUACUCGAAUACCCUGCUGUGGCGUAAGCUUCUUAAAGAAACCUACACCAAGACGUCCUUGUGCGAGGCAAAAGUCACCUUCCAGGCCUUUCAGGUCUACUUCCUUGUCGCCCAGGGCGGAUUCUGGUAUACCAAGUGCAAACCAGGGACCUUGGUGGACGAGGAGAGGCCGGAGGAAGCGAACGAGGAGAUCCUCAGGGUGGUCGCACCCCGAGUUCGCCAACCGGUACUGUGCGCCUCCAUCAAGAACGCGAUCCUCGAGGUCAUCAACAAAGGUCACAGCGCAUAUCGGAUAGCGAGGUGGAUCGAGGUCAGCAUCGGACAGGUGUCUGUGGUGAACCUGAACGCAGGGAAGAAUCAGCCUAGCCGACACAUCGUGUCGAUCAAGACUUUGCAGAAAAACAGCGGGAACCCGAUGUGCAUCUUCCUGGGUGUGACCACGUUCGAGUUGUUCGACAAGACGACGUCGCCUGGAGACACGCCUUUAUCGUCAGUUCUGGAGCCAUGGGAAGGCCUCAUGGGCCACACCAAGGAUACCACUGCGCCCACCACGCCCGCUAUGCUGCAGCACUUGGGCUUUCUGAAGGACCAGGUAGACGACCUCGGCAAGCUGAUGACUUUCGCCUACCUCCGCAUCGGGGAGGUCAAGGCCAUGGAUUGGGCGCCCUUCCGGCGACGCUUGCAGUUCUUCAUGAAGCGGGGGCGCAACGGCCUGGACGUGGUCGAUCUGGAACGACGACCAUCGGAGGAAGCUCUCUUGAAGGAGCUCCUGGUCAAACUCCAGCAGAAGGUGGAGCUUGCUGUGGGCAAGUCCAACAUGCUUGGCAUGUUCGAGGUAGAGUUUGAUGGCAUCAGCGGUCGGACGGUGGACCACUACAACCGUGGAAUGGUUCUGUGCAAGCAGGCGCAGCUGAAUCCGCUCUUGCUCCGGGUUAGACGCUCCGGUCAGCCGCAGGCGCUGCAGGUGCAAGUGCACAACCUGAAUCCUAUGGAGGCGUUCACCUCGCCCUCCCUGAGCAUGCUCUCGGAGCGAGCCUUGGGCUUCUGGCAGCUUCUUCGCUUUUUUCCGUAUGAUUUUCUCCACUCGUCUGAAAACAUUGGGCUCUUCUUCGCACUGCGGGCAUUGCCACAAACGCCAUGA